AUGGACCAACGUGCCCCCGGAGAACUAAACUGGCGUCUCAGUGCGCAUCCAGUCACUCUGUUAUUCUUCCUUGGCUUUCGCAUUGGUUGGUGUCUACCAUGCACACCUCUUAUCAAAUCCUCCAUUACUCCAAUCUACAGAACUGAACUAAUUGUCCUCGUCUUUAUCCUAACCCUUCUCCUCCUCUCCGCCGACUUCUACUACCUCAAAAACAUUGCCGGCCGCCGCCUUGUCGGGCUCCGUUGGUGGAAUGAAGUUAACACCGCGGACGGCAAUUCCCACUGGGUAUUCGAAAGCUCAGACCCAAAUACACGAACUAUUAAUGCUACAGAUAAACGUUUCUUCUGGCUCGGUCUGUACGCUACUCCUGCUCUAUGGAUUUCUCUAGCCAUCAUUGCCAUUAUACGGCUGCAGAGUGUCAUUUGGCUGAGUUUAGUUGCGAUUGCACUUAUUCUUACGAUCACGAAUACUGUGGCGUUCUCACGAUGUGACCGGUUCAGCCAGGCGUCGACCUUUGCAAGCAGUGCUUUGUCCGGCGGGAUUGCGAGUAACUUUGCAUCCGGGAUGAUAGGGAGGAUUUUUCGAUAG